UUGAGACAAGACCCCAUCGCGGUUUCCAUCGAAACAAAAACCCCAAACGGCAGCGAAUCAACCGCACUAGCACAACUUUCGCUUUGGGCAGCGACGCAUUUCAACCGCCUGCGCACCUUGCUACGACCCACCAAACGCGACGUAGUUUCUAUGCCGUUACCACUGAUUAUGGCAGUUGGCGGACGGUACAGUUUGUUCUUCGCUAUCGACGGCACGAUCACGGAAGGUAUCACUAUCGCAGGCGGCGAGACAGCAUUUGGGGACUGUGCAACGCUGGACGGAUGCUACCAAGUCCUUGCAGGCCUACGUGCAGUGGGGAUCUGGGUGAAAGAGGUUUGGGUGCCGUGG